CACUCUUCUAUAUCUAUAUAUCUAUAGAUUCACUCUUGUAUAUCUAUCUAUAUGUUUCACGGAGUAAUAGUUAGUAGUAGUAUGUGUUGUGUCUGUGUAUGUCUGAAUGUAAUCAGUCAUCAAUGCAAAAGACACCAACGAAUACAGUAGCUCUUCCAACCACAACUGCCCACCCACAUCUACUCUAAACAAGACUUUUUCUCUCUCUAGAUUUUACACCAUUUUCUCUCUCUAAAAAGGGAUAAGACAGUAAGAGAGAGAGAGAGAGAUCUGGGUUGUUUUUAUUUUUAUGGAGUUAAUUUGUGGAAGAAAGGUAUGAAAGUGGGGGUAUGGAGGUGGAUGAAAUUCAAAGACAGGUGUGUAAAUUUCAAAGAAUCGGUUCUAAUGGUAGUGCCACUAGUGAUAAUUCAUCAAACCCUCAUAAAUUAGCUACCCAGAAAGUGAAUCAUCAUUAUUUGGAUGAGGAUGGUGGUGGAGGCGGCGGCGGCGGUGGUGGUGGUGGUGGGGUUGUUGUUGGUGGAGGUGGGGUUGGGAGGCUUUGUGGGUGGCCGUCGUCUAGAAUCGUUAGGGUUUCUAGAGCUUCCGGUGGAAAAGAUAGACACAGUAAGGUUUUGACAUCAAAAGGGUUAAGAGACCGCCGUGUACGGCUGUCGGUAACCACCGCUAUCCAGUUUUAUGAUCUUCAAGAUCGACUUGGGUAUGAUCAGCCGAGUAAGGCGGUGGAGUGGUUGAUCAAGGCGGCGUCGACUUCCAUUUCUGAGCUUCCUUCUCUUGAUCCGUCGUUUUCCGGUGCCGACUGUAACCAGAACCACCAUUAUCACCACCAGAAGCAGCUCAGCGACGACAAGAAAUCCACCGGAAAUGAUACGGAAUUUGAAGAUCCAAACAACCAAACCCACCAACAAAAUAUUUCUGUGUCGAAAUCGUCGGCGUGCAGUAGCACAUCGGAGACCAGUAAAGGGUCUGGACUUUCGUUAUCUCGAUCGGAAAAUCGGAUCAAAGCUCGAGAACGAGCUCGAGAAAUGGCGGCGAAGAAAGAGAAGGAGAAAGAGAGUGAUAUUCCCACUAGGGUUAAUGGUAUUUCACAGAACUCAUCGUUUACCGAUCUCCUCACCGGCGGCAUUAGCAGCGCCACCGUCAGUCCCAACAACAAUUCAAAUCCGGCAGCCAGUCCAGAAUCCAGAAUCCACUGGACAACUCCGAUGGAUUACUUCUUCAGCCGACCACCACCGUCGUCUUCACCCCAAAUAAUCCAAAUGCCACAAUUCAACAUCACCGCCGGAGAAAACCACCCGCAGCACCAUUUUUCUUUCCUUCAAGAGAACUUUGCACCGGUUGCGACCACCACCUCCGGCGGCGGUGUUGGUGGAGAAAGUUACAACUUAAAUUUCUCCAUUGCAUCAUCAUCUUCCGGUGGUGGUCUUGCUCCGGGUUUCAAUAGGGGGACCCUUCAGUCCAAUUUAUUAUCUGUUUUACCUCAUCAUCUUCAUCAUCAUCAUCAUCUUCAGAGGUUUCAGUCCUCAUCAAUGGUGGAUGGAUCCACUUCCACAAACUUUCCUUUCUUUAUUGCGCCAACCAUCGGCUCCACCACACCGGAGCAUUUCCCAGCCACCGGCUACGACUCUCAACGUCUGCAACUAUACGGCGGAGCAGAUGGAGGCCGCCACUCUGAUCAUCGCAAAGAAAAAUCCAAGAACUAAUUCCACUUCCUCCAUCUUCAUCUAUGGAGGCGAUGGAGAUUGCAGGGCUUGACGAAGGCAAAACUGCAUAUGUUAUGUGUACAAGUAAUCGUUUUUGCGAGAAAUUAAUUAAGGCGGGCAUAUUAAACGUUGAAUUAUUUAUAUUCGUCUUUUGUCUUCAUAUUCAUCUUUUUUUUGUAUUUGGUUUGAUUUCCCUUAAAAAACUUUUGAUCAAGGCCAUGUAUGUUGUUGAUUCUUUGCUUUUAAAUGUGAUUAUUCUUAAUUACCCACUUAGAAAAGCUUGGAUUUUCUUUUCUAC